AUGAUUAUUGGCGACCAGUUAUUAACCGUUUUUCUUCCAACAAAAUUUGUUGUUUAUUCAUCAUUAGCAGAAGAACGUUUAAUUAAAGAUUUAUUUCGUGGAUAUAAUCAUUUAAUUAGGCCUGUUGCCAAUUUAAGUAAUUCUCCGUUAGAAAUUCGGUUUUCGUUGGCUUUAAUUUUGUUAAUUAAUGUUGACGAGAAAAAUCAAAUAAUGCAAACAAAUGUUUGGCCAACAAUGAAAUGGAUUGAUUAUCAAAUGAAAUGGAAUCCUUCUGAUUAUGAAAAUAUUCGGACAAUUCGUGUUCCUCCAGAAAAAGUUUGGUUACCAGAUAUUGUUCUUCCCCCUAGAGUAAGGUUGGCGGAUAGUUGGAAAUCUUCGGAUAUCCGGAUCCACCAACCUUACCCCAGAGGGAUUGUUUUACAAAAUUUAUAUAUUUUUGUACUAAUAAUCCCAACAAUUUUCUCUUUUUUUCUCUUUCAAAAGGUCCCUCCAGCAAUUUACAAAAGUUCUUGUAUAAUAGAUGUUGAGUUUUUUCCUUUUGAUGAACAAACUUGUGCAAUGAUAUUUGGAUCGUGGACUUUUAAUAAAAAUGAAGUAAUAAUUAGUUAUUUGGGGAAUAAAAGGCAAGUAGAAUUAAAUGAUUAUUCUGAAAGUGCUAUUUGGGAUUUAAUGGAAGUACCUGGACAGUUAAUUCAUCAAAAAAGUAAAAUAUCUUAUCAAAUAAAAAUUAGAAGAAAAACCCUCUUCUACACAGUAAUUCUAAUUAUUCCAACUGUUUUAAUGGCUUUUCUUUCAAUGCUUGUUUUUUAUUUACCUGCAGAAGCCAACGAAAAGAUAACUUUAGCUAUAAGUAUUUUACUUGCUUUAGUUGUAUUUUUACUUCUUGUCUCAAAAAUAUUACCUCCAACAUCUGACACAAUACCUUUAAUGGCCAAAUAUUUAUUAAUGAUUUUUGUUUUAAAUAUAAUAACAAUUAUUGUAACUGUAAUAAUUAUUAAUAUUUACUUCCGAGGGCCAACAACACACAAAAUGCCCCCUUGGGUUUACUCGAUAUUUAUUUGUAAAUUACCCCUUCUUUUAAUGAUGAAUAGACCACAAAAUGUUUUUAAAGAUUUUAAUUCAAAAAAAUUUUCUUUAAAUUCUUCGACAACACAAACAAAACAAAAUUUUAAGCCUGGAAAGUUUAUUGAAAUGAAUAAAACUAAAAAAUAUUUUCACCAUCCAAAUUGUUCAGAAUUUAUAGAACCAUUAAUUUAUUUACAAAAACAAGAAAAACAGAAACAAAGGUUACGUAAAAGGAGGAUGUCCCAACCUGUGGUCACUCCCGCCCCUUUCCCUUCCCAUCGAGAAUUGGGUACUGAGGAUAGUGAACUUCUAAAUGAACAAGUUUUAAAAGCAAUGGAUGCAGUUGAUUGUAUUACAGAACAUUUACGAAGAGAAAAUAUUAAUAAAAAAAUACGUGAAGAGUGGAGAUUUGUUGCUAUGGUAAUUGACCGUUUACUUCUCUAUAUUUUCUUCGGAGUAACUGUUGGCGGGACAAUUGGAAUUCUCUGUUCUGCUCCGAAUAUUUUUGAAAAUGUUAAUCAAACACAAGUUAUUACACAACUUAAACGUUCUGCUGAAGCUGAAAUGAAAUUUUGA